AUGAGACGACUCUAUUUAGUAGACGACGGAAUUGACAACGAAGCACGCAAGGCAGAAGGAGCAGGCGAAGAGAUUCGAACUCCACUAGCAGCAUUGACCACAACUCACUCUUUCAGUGAUCGUCGUCGUCAUCAUCGCGACAAAAAUGAGCGACAAGCCUCACAGCCGAGUAGCAAAGAUGUCACUUGGUCUCGAACAACAGUACAUCUCGAGGAAGCUGAGACUGGACGAAUGAGUACCGACUGUGGUAAUGAACUGGGGCGCGAAAUCCUGGGUUAUGCUCUCCCGCCACACUCUAAUGUCCUGGAUGAUCCGCUGUCUGUGAUUGCGCUCACAAUGUCAGUGGCGGCGAAGCCAAUCCGCACGCCAACUCAUGAUGAGCACGCUACACCUCGCACAUCCUCUAGUCGCAGUAAACAGCGGCAGCAUCACUAUAGUGAGUCUCAUCAGCGUCAUCAACGUCGACGUUCCUCCUCCUGGGCUGCCGGGGCAACUGCUAUCUCUCCCACUGUUGGCAAAGAUACUGUCAUCGUCAGUGGCGCAGCUCGCUUCGGACUCUCGGAGCUCAACCUCGGACUCGCGCGAGUGGAACGUCUCCCCGAUGAACUCAAGACCGGAGACAGCCUGACCUCUGCUACCUCUUCGUCGUCCAUCUUUUCCUCAGACUCGUCGGAAUACUUUUCCAUGACGAGUGAUGAUUCAAGCUUCGACCACGACGACAGUAGCGAUGAAGAUGAUAAAUCUGAACAACAAAGAAAGGUUUUGAGGGACCGAGUAGAGCCCAAAGUUCUUAUCUCUUCAAUAAUCCCUGUUGGUGCCGCUGCUAGUGCCACCACAAGUAAUAACAGCACUAGUAUCAAAGGACGCCAAUCCACCGGCUGCGUCCUCGUCGCUCACCACCUCAACAGCGAUGACAGCAGCAGCAAGUCCCACAAUGUCGACCACAACAACCUCUCAUUACUGUCAAAAGGGAGGUCGAAAGCAACAACCACAGAAUCGACGACGACCGCAGCCCCAUCAAAUCCUGACACAACAGUGAUCGACAUGCUCACGCUGAUCUCUCACCUGAGCGGCGACUUCAGUCAAUCUCGCCCCAGUCCUCCCUCCCUCCGCGAUAAAAUCGAUGACGAUGAACUGGAUGGCCUCCUUGGUUUACAACGUGCAAAAUCUCGGCAAAAACGCCACCGAUCACGUACAAAGGUCGAGGACGAUAUGCCAUCCAGACCCAUCAAUGCCACCAGUCGCAAACUUGCCUCGCUCCUCGGUCCUGACUUCCAUGCUAGUCCAGCGUCAGCAGCAGCAGCAGCUUCGAGUUCCUCGCCUAGGCUAUUCUUGAAGAGAUCGCUAGUUUCUUUAAGAGGGGGAGGAAACGGAGCAGCAGAGAGGGCAUCAAACUCAUCUGUUAAUUCGGUGACAUCUUCAGCCUCGACAGACUCGAAGCGCACUGCAAACUUGGCAUCGAAUUCCUCGUCGCGGUCACGGCGAAUACAGAGGGAGGUUUCGGUGAGGCAGGGCCCUUCAUCUUCGACAGCGGGAAAGCGCAGCGGCCAUGGAAACGUCGAGGUUCACAUUGGCUACAACGAUGCCGGCGAGGACAAUGACACUUACGAAAGCGACGGAGAGGACGCCUGCUGUCCGCCAAAUAUUCCCCUUGCGCCAAAUCAAAUGCGGCAUGAUCUUCCUACCCAACUCAGCCAUUCGUCGUCAUGGUCGUCGUCGUAUCAAGCCUUCUCAAAACCAUCAUCGUAUCUACCAUCAUCAUCAUCGCCAUCAUCAACAUAUUUGUCGUCGGCAUCAUCACCAGCAAUGGCGGCCUUCAAGACGACAGCGUCGAAAUCGACGAGGAGGUCACCAAAUAAAGAUCCGGGUUCACUUGAGCAGUCAGCGCCGAGAUGGGGUUCAUUAUUGAGUGGGACGUCAUCUAUGUCGUCGUCGAAACAAGCCUUUUUUGUGGACGGCAGUAGUUUGAGGUGA